AUGUCAACCGCCGUAGAAAAAAUCAAGGCCAUCGAAGAUGAGAUGAAUUAUCAUUUUUCAAUCCACUCGGAAUUAUCUCGCCAUCUUCAGGCCAAAACUCAAAAAAACAAAGCGACCGCUUUUCAUUUAGGUCAACUGAAAGCCAAACUUGCAAAACUAAAGCGGGAACUGCUAACUCCUUCGUCUAGUGGUGGUGGUGGUCCUGGUGUCGGAUUUGACGUGGCUAGAACAGGGGUGGCCAGUGUAGGAUUUGUUGGGUUCCCUUCGGUAGGAAAGUCUUCACUGAUGUCUGGCUUAACUGGCACACAAUCUGCUGUCGCUGCCUACGAAUUCACCACUUUGACGACUGUUCCCGGAACAAUGAAUGUCCGGGGUGCAUCUAUCCAAAUUCUCGAUCUUCCGGGAAUUAUCGAGGGUGCCAAAGACGGGAAAGGUCGUGGUCGACAGGUUAUUGCUGUUGCCAGGUCGUGCAAUCUUCUAUUUAUUGUUCUGGACGUACUGAAACCACUGGAUGAUAAGCGGAUCAUUGAAAACGAAUUGGAAGGUUUUGGAAUUCGUCUGAACAAGAAACCGCCUAACAUAAUCAUCAAGAAGAAAGACAAGGGUGGAAUCUCGAUCUCGAACACCGUUCCACUUACUAAACUCGAACCUGAAGAGAUUAAAGCUGUCUUGGCUGAAUACCGAAUGAGCAAUUGUGACGUCGCUUUUCGGUGUGAUGCUACUCUGGACGAGCUGAUUGAUGUGAUAGAAGGAAAUCGGGUCUAUAUGCCUUGUCUAUAUGUACUAAACAAGAUUGAUGCUAUUUCAAUUGAGGAGCUGGAUUUACUGUAUCGAAUUCCAAACAGUGUGCCAAUUUCGGUCAAGGAGUGGUUGAAUAUUGACGAGUUGAUCGACGCUCUUUGGGUCAAACUCGACUUGGUUCGAGUCUAUACCAAACCUCGGGGAAGGCAGCCUGAUUAUUCACAGCCCGUCGUACUCAAGACUGCGAAAUGCACCGUAGAAGAUUUCUGUAACGCAAUCCACAAGGAAAUCGCUAAGCAGAUGAAAUAG